AGUGCCCUGGUGGGGAACAACACAGGUCACCUGGUCUCAUCCUCCCUCCUCGCGCCGUGUGGCCGCUGCUCUGAACCGAAGGUUUGUCCCUGAGACGACAUGAAGCGCUGCCUCGGACUCCUGCUGCUGCUGCUCUGGUGUGGGAUGCUGCAGCCGGGAGCUGCACUUCGCUGCUAUAAGUGCUCUGAUUACACCGGGCGCUGUGAGAAGGUCCAGGACUGCACGUAUGAAGACUCCUGUCUCACUCUGAGUGAAAAAGGUGGGAAGACCAUCCGUCAGUGUAUCAGGUACACGGACUGCGACAUCUCCCGCCUCGGCCUGAUGUUCCCGUCCAUCUCCAGCUUCACCUACCGCUGCUGCAGCAGCAACCUGUGCAACUCCAGCAACGGCGUUACCACGGCAACGCCCAUCCUGGCCCUGCUGGGAUCCCUGCUGACUGUGUGCUGGUCCUGGAUGUGAAGUCAUGGAGGAUAACAACCUGCAGCAGUUAUAAAGUUAACACGAGCUAAACGGAUGCUGUUGUUCUGUCGCCUGUUUCACUUCCUGCCUCUCAGGUCACAUGUCAAAUUAAUUAAUUCACUUCUUCAACUUGUUUUGCUAAUUUGCAUUUCAGUACUUUUAUAUCAUCUUAAAAAUAAAUACAAAAGAAGAAAAGUU